UUAACGUUUGCCAUAUUCUUCACACUACUGACCAUCGCAUCGGCAGUUAUACCACUCUCACCGUACAUCUGGGUACUCUACUUAUGCGCCUUCACCAUAGGGCUGGGAUCGGCGGUAUAUGGCAGCACUACCACGGUGUGGACAGUUGAGCUAGGUCGUGGCACUACCGUACCCAUCGUACAAAUAUUUGAGCUGUCCUUUGGCAUAGGGAGCAUACUGUCUACUCUAGCCCUUAAACCCUAUCUGAUUGGUGAACCGGCGGUCACUCCUACCCCAGUCUCGGACACUGUUUUGGUGCUUAAAGAGAGUGAUGUGAUCGACAGGCGCUCCCGACUUAUGACACCUACACUAUUGAUCGGCUCCUGUAUUAUAGUUAUCCCGAUCGCACUGUUUGUGAUGUAUUUCCUAAAGCCAUAUAAAGAGCCCAAACUUAAGGACGAAGACAUUUACGACGACAACAACAAUACCACCGAUGAAGUGAUGGACAAAAGCAGUGAUAAUGGGAUUCAAUUGGUGCCGAAGAAGUUGUUCAACCGGAAGGACACACCGCGAAAGACAAUGCGAUUGCUGUUUGCGCUGGAGUUUGCGCUAUACCUGGUGUUUGAGACGACGUUCAACAAGUUUUCGGUCACUUAUUUCCAGUACUCACCGCUCAAACUGAGCGCCGAAAAGGCCACAGAAGUCUAUACCGUAGCCAUGAGUGUCUAUACGGCUGGUCUGGUACUCAAUAUACUCUAUCCAUAUAAAUUUCAAAUCAAAAAUAUUAUAUGCGUUCAUUACAUCUUGGUCAUUGUGGGCGCGUUACUACUAAUCCCGGGCCGCACAUCAGUGCCGAUUAUGUGGACGGCUAUGGUUAUCAUGUAUAUGGGCUUUUCGGCCAUGUAUUCCGGUAUUAUAGCCAUCACCGAGCAGUUUGUCGAUAUGACCAACCAAUUGAGCACG